AGGUGAUUGCAUCAUCGGCCGCUGUACUGUCCUCUGCGGGUUUGGGUUCUUCAGAAUUAUGUUCCUUCAGUACGAGGGAUGGGUUAAGAGAUCUCUCAAAACAUCAUAUGAUACGUACAAUCAGAUCUACUUUGAACUUGAAUCGGACUCAGACUCUUCCUUGGGGUGAAUGGGCGGAAUGAAAGGGCUAUCGCGCUGUCUGGGCUGCUUAGAAGCUGGGUAUGUAGCAGCGCGAUGUUUGGCGAUAUAGUAGAAGGCUCCGAAGGAAAGCACGGAGAUACCAAGAAAGAGGAACGGGUUGGGCGGUUUGUUGUUUGGCGAAGACAUGCAAUUUCACUCCCGCAGGCCUCCCUCCCUUUUCUGGCGAUUCUGCCGCGCACGUGGCAAUAAUGCAAGCGCGUCGGUGGCUGCAGCCUGAGUGACCGCGUCUUGUUCCACAUUGACCACCCUCUCAUACUUAUCCUCUUUAUCGUCUUUCUCCUUAUACCGAGUACUAAAAACACAGAAUGGACGUGCGGCAUUACCAUGGCUCUGACGUGCACGUUGUAUGUGCAUGCCAUCACGACGAUGGCACGGACCUAGUUGCAAUCGGAGGCACGCAUUCCGUGCAAGUCUUACAAGCCAUGCCUACAUCAUGUAAAGUUAUUGCAAACUUUCAUGUGGGAUGUAGGAUCACUGCUCUGGCAUGGUCAUCAAAAACCACCUCUCCGUCAUUCACUGACGAUUGGACAAUAGAAAUUGUCGCUGCCGGAUAUAACUUUGGCCUCUAUUUGCUCACAAAGACAAGGAAUGGCGACGAGAACGUCUUCUCAUUUGGUGGUGGUAUUAGCGGGCACCAUGGUAAAAUCAACGAUAUGACAUUCUGUGGCGGUCAUUCAGAAGAUAGUUCAAGAUAUGUAGCUACAGUGUCUGACGACAGAGUGCUUAUGAUUUGGGAUCUCCACCCUGCCAUCACCAUCCGCUCCCCUGGUUCUCCUGAAAUUACGGAUGACUCAAACGGCUCAUCGCGUCCCCAGCCAACGGCCUUACCCUUUUCUUUUCCUCAUCCUCUAGCUUCCAUCUCGUCCCAUCCGAGUACCAGCAAGGAAUUCCUAGUGGCCGAUGCCCGAGGUUCCAUCUUCCUGAUAGACUGGCGUUCGGACCCGACUGCGAAUGAACAAACGAGUUGGCGGAACGCAAGCGUUGUGGAACUAGUCGAGCCCCGUGCGCUUUCAGAUGCCGUCUGUGGCGUCUCCAAAAGAUGGUCUGCCUCUGUUGCUUGGCGAGCAGACUCGGCAGAUAUCAUCGGUGCAACAUAUGGUUCCAAGUUCGCACUGUGGGAUCUGACGAAGCUGCAUGGCGGCAAACCUACCAUGUCAGGCACUAGUUUUACUGAAGGCGGCAACCGCUUUAGGUGGUGUCCGACCUUCCCCGAGUACUUCGGCGUAUCAACAAACUCUCCCAUCAAAGGCGCAGUCAUCAACGUACACCACAUAACGUACAUUGACACCGAACCCACGAGCUUCACGGUCGCCCCAAGGCCCUUGUACGUCCGCGACUUUGACUUCCUUGCAACGCCCGGUAUUCCUAGGAUCGCUGCGGCUGUGGGGAGAGACGUAGUUAUCUUCUACAUUGGGGUUGAAUCAUAG